AUGUCGCUGUUUGCAGAGGAUGGGUGUAAUUGGCCCGACAUGGCAGUUCAAGCAGCAAUCAUACAGGAAAAGUGCGAAGAUUGUCAGGCGCCUCCACAACAAACAGAGGGGAAUGGACAGGCAGAGGCUACUAACAAAACGCUGUUGAGAAUAUUAAGCCGCACAGUACAUGAUCACCACGGAAGCUGGCAUGAGCAUAUACCUCUCGCACUCUGGGUAUACGGCAUUUCCAAAAGAAGUUCAACUAGAGCCUAUCCUUAUUCCUUAGCAUACGGGGAAGAUGCAAUACUACCAGCGGAGAUCUCUAUUCGUUCUGCACGCGUAGGUAUGUCCAGUCUCACUACCCCAGACGAGGUUAGCCGUUCCGCUCAUCUUGAUACUCUGGAAGAGCGACGAGCUAAAGCCGAGCGAUUCACGAACAAGUAUAGGCAAAGGACGGCGAGAUGCUAUAACCAGAAGGUAAAGUCGCCGCAAAUUGGGAAGGCCCCUAUAUGA